CCCUUUUGGAAGCAGCCCGAGCGCGGCGGCUCUCUCCAGCGGGCGCGGCAGCUCUCGCGAGAGAUGGGGUGCGGCGCCUCGGCCGGCGCCGCGAGGGCGGCGCCGCCGGAGGAGCCGCCGGAGAAGCCGCCAGAUCGGCCGCAGGACCCAACGGACGAGCCCGCCGCGGUGGCGGGGCCUGCGGCUGCAGAGGCCACCUCAGCAGUGGCUCCGGUGGAAGAUGGUGCCGUCGAGAAGGCCGCCGUGGCGAGCGCCGCGAUCGACCUGCAGGAGAGAACCGCAACCGCCUCAAGCACAACACGAGCCUCUUCGGCCAGCACAGCAAGCUCCUCCUGCGCCGCGCCAGCAGCUUCUGCGUGA